UCUUAAGUCAAAAAUCCAGUUUUUCGAAAAUUUGAACUAGUUUUUCUCGCCUGCUCUCAAACGUCUCUUACUUAUGAAAGCAUGAAAGACAAUGGGACUUGUAAUUUCGGAAAAAAAAUGAAAAAUUCCGUUUUCCAAAUGCCAGUUUCGACAAUUUCGCUCCCUUCAUCAGUCAAAUUUUGACACUUGUGUCCUGCCAUGGAUCCAAUGCUGCAACGCCACUGCGCCCGCUACAUCUACAUCGUCCCCGACGGCCUCCGGGAGCUCCUGAGUGACAUCUCGCGAGAAGUCCUGCGCUCCGAGCCCGAGGACAUCUACACCUUCAUCGCCGACUACCUGGACGCCCUCCUCAUAACGCGCGAAAACGCCCGAAUUUCCGCCAAAUUCGUCCAAUACAUGACCGAAGUGGCGGAAACCAUCGUCGACCUCCUCAAGCGCACCGGAAUGAGCCGAGAGGAGGCCGACGCCGCCGCCAACGUCAUCCAGGAAGCUUUCAAAUCGUGGAGCGAACGGAAGGGAAUCCUGAAAGAAGACGAAGAUUUGAUGAUUGCGCGCAUUAUCGAAGAAGCGGGAAUCACCGAAGGGCAAGUCCAUGCCGCCGCCGUUGUGAUCCAACACGCGUUCCGAGCUUUCAAAGCACGGCAACAGAGGGAGGCACAGUUGUUGAGCGGGAUUGUGGAUUGGAGAGUGGCUGCGCGAAGUGCCAUUCGGUUGUAUCGCAAAUCCGGGGUUUCACCCGAAGAGGCCAAAAGGGCCGCCAACUUGAUCAAGGCCGCCUAUAAAGGCUACUACACGCGAAGGGCCAUCAGACAACUCAACGAAGAACCAGUGCAAGAGGAGGAAAGGGAGGAGGAGGUGGAAGAAGAGGAGUCGCUAGGGUCGUUCUAUAGCGAACACAGGAAGUCAAAGGGGGUCCGAAUUGACUUCAAUACGGUGGUACCGCACGUCGAUUUCGGUGGCGAAGAGCUAAUUUCGCGCGACAUAGUCUCAGUUUUGGAGGAGGAGCAACCCCCACACGACGAUAACAUCAUGGCGAGGAUUUUCGGGGAACUCCCCGAACCCACAGUUGACGAAAUCGUCAAUGACAUCCUCAAUGACAUAAUAAUUGGGGCCAUAGGGACUGAAGAAGAGCCUCACGUUAUCUUGGAAGAGAUGGAUUCUGACAUAGACUCGUUUGUUCCUCCUCUGGUUGAAGAAAAACAAGAAGCUACUAUGAAUCGUUCGCAGAUUCUCCCGGUGAUGUCUCAGGAGGAGUUGGAUAUGGAGAUGAGGGAAGCCAGGCUGGAGAUGUUGGCUUUGAAGAGGGCGUCAAGGGAGAGACAGUCGGCGAUUGAGAUCGAACAGGUGGAAAGGGUUGUUACACCAGUGAUUGAGGAGGAGGAAAAUGAGUAAAAAUGACACAAAUACGAAAGAAUUUAUUGAAGCAAGCCUUUAAUAAACAAAUUUCCAGUCCCUUCAA